GCGAGAUAUUUCUGGGCUGGUUGCUGGAGAGAGAGGGGGGGCUUUUUUUUGGGUUGCGGGAGAGGAGCUUUUCCAUUGCCAAGGGUGAGCGAAGGGGAGAGAAAAACUCAUUGAGAGAGCUGAGACUUGAUUUCUUUUUGCUUGAGGAACCAGUUCUAUACAAAAUUGAUGUGACUUUGUUGCAUUUUCUGGUGAUGAUGCAAAUUUCUCCAAUUUUGGAGAUUCUGGUGGCAAGGGAUGGCUUCUGUUCCGAAAUUAAAAGGUUAUCAGAUAUCGAGAGGGAAACAAGCAUUAGCAUAAACAGAGGGGUUGAUUUGGGAAAAACAGCUCUUUACAUAGCAGCAGAAGAUGAUUCCCUUAUUUCGCACUCUUCUGUUCCUCUCCCUGUCGACGCUUUCAUCGAGAGACUGGAUGACCUUUCCAUGGAUUACUGCUCUCACUAUAGCUCUGCAUUCAGAGCAUCACCUGAGAUUUUUUUUGAGACUCUGGAGAGAUAUUUGUAUAUUAACAAGGGUUUCCGGAGAACCAAUGCAAAUCUGUCUGAAUCACGGGCUCUAUAUCUUCAUUCGGUUUUAACACAUCGUUCAGGCUCUGCUGCUAUGCUUUCUCUUAUUUAUUCAGAGAUCCUGAAAAUGCUUCGGCUAUGGGGUCUCUUGGACUUUGAUGUUGAGAUUUUUUUCCCUCACGAUUCCCAUAGCCUUCCUAGAGGCUAUCAUAAACAGAAAAGCAAGGAGUCUGAUCAACCACAUAUAAUGACAUCACAAUCCUUAUUCGUGGAGAUGUUGAGAAGCUUGAAGGAUGCGUUCUGGCCAUUUCAACAUGAUAAUACCAGGAGCUUAUUCUUGAGGGCAGCCCAUGCUGCGAAUUGCAUUGAUAGAUCAAAUAUUGUUACAGAAAGUGGCUUUGAGCUGGCAUCUGCAAAGGCUGCUCAGCAUAGACUGGAACGUGGCGUUUGGACCAGUGUACGGUUUGGGGAUAUGAGACGUGCAUUAUCAGCUUGCGAACGUCUUAUUCUCCUGGAAACUGAUUUGACGGAAUUGAGAGAUUAUAGCAUUCUUCUUUACCACUGUGGAUUUUAUGAGCAGUCACUGCAAUACCUCAAAUUGUAUCAGGAUCUGGAGAGUUCUUCCACAGAGAAGCAGUUAUCCAAUUCACCGAGCAACCUGGAGGAAGAUGCUGUGGCAAAACUGAUGGUGCGCCUCAAUCUCAUUUUGAUGGAGGAAGGUUGGAGUUGUCCCACACACAGAAGCUUCCUUGGAGCAGAGUCCAUAGGAUCAUCAACCAGAUCAGAUGCUGAAACUGCCCGAUCAAAGGAUGAAUGAUGUAGAGGGUAUGCAUUUUAUCAUCUCUGUGCUGUUUUUUAAGUGCAAUUGCUGGACUGUAAACAUGAUAUAUCACAUGCAACAAAGUAAAUCAAUGUAUGUAAAUAUUACUUGUGCCUGACAAACUGACCAAAUGGAUCAGUAAGAGAAGAGUUGUGUCUCUAUAUCUCUAUGUAAAAAACCUUCUAGGUUUCAUUAUGAAAGAAAAUGCAGUGGAUGGUAACAUUGGAAUAAGUCCAAGAGAAAUUUAACUUGGAUGCUGAUUCUAAUA